CAACCUUUUUUCUUUUCUUUUUUCGUGACGUAACUGAAUUCGCACUGCAUCCUGGGAAUAUGGCGACGUCGUGGACGGGCCUGUAAAUAUUGUCAAGAGGAGAACACAAGGAUAAGAUUCGCUGCGAGCAUAGUUACAACAUCUCGACAAAUAAAAGGGCGUUGAUCGAGGCGAACCAUGCCUGAAGAGAGCGCAGACCGGACCGCGCAGGAGUCGGAGGGGGUGGUCGGACUGGAGGCCUUGGAAGAGCCCAAGAAGAUGACCAGGGAGGACUGGAGGAAGAAGAAGGAGUUGGAAGAGCAACGGAAGCUGGGAAACGCUCCGGCAGAAGUCGACGAGGAGGGAAAGGACAUUAACCCUCAUAUCCCCCAGUACAUCUCCUCUGUUCCCUGGUACAUCGACCCCUCCAAGAGGCCCACUCUUAAACACCAGCGCCCCCAGGAGGAGAAUCAGAGUAAUUUCUCCACUAUCGGGGAGUGGUACAAGAGGGGAGUGCAGGAGAAGCCUGUCACCACCAAGUUCCGGAAGGGUUCGUGUGAGAACUGUGGCGCCAUGACUCAUAAGAAGAAGGACUGCCUGGAGAGGCCGCGUAAGGUGGGGGCGAAGUUCACGGGCACGGGGAUGGCGCCGGACGAGCACGCUCAGAUCCAGCUGGCGCUGGACUACGACGGGAAGCGCGACCGCUGGAACGGCUACGACCCCGAGGAGCACAUGCGCAUCGUGGAGGAGUACAGCAAGGUGGACCUGGCCAAGCGGACGCUGAAGGCGCAGAAGCUGCAGGAGGAGCUGGCUUCAGGAAAGCUGGUGGACCAGGCCGCUUCAUCCAGGAAGCAGUAUGGUGAUGAUGAGCAUGGCGCACAGGAGCGGGAGCACAACAGCGAGGAUGAGGACGAGGAUAAGUACGCCGACGACGUCGACAUGCCGGGGCAGAACUUCGACUCCAAGAGACGCAUCACCGUGAGGAACCUGCGAAUCAGAGAGGACAUCGCUAAGUACCUGAGGAACCUGGACCCAAACUCGGCCUACUACGACCCCAAGACCCGCGCCAUGAGGGAGAACCCGUACCACAACACCGGCAUGGUCCCGGAGGAGGUGGGCUACGCGGGAGACAACUUUGCUCGCUACACUGGGGACACCAUCACCAUGGCCCAAUCGCAGCUGUUUGCCUGGGAGGCCUAUGACAAGGGCUCGGAGGUGCACCUGCAGGCUGACCCCACCAAGCUGGAGCUGCUGCACCAGUCCUUCAAGGUCAAGAAGGAGGACUACAAGGAGAAGCAGAAGGACAGCAUUCUGGCCAAGUACGGGGGGCAGGAGCACCUGGACGCUCCCCCGCGGGAGCUCCUGCUGGCCCAGACGGAGGACUACGUGGAGUACUCCCGCCACGGGGCCGUGCUGAAGGGCCAGGAGAAGGCCGUGGCCCGCUCCAAAUACGAGGAGGACGUGUUCAUCAACAACCACACUGCCAUCUGGGGAUCCUACUGGAGAGAAGGAUGCUGGGGCUUCAAGUGCUGCCACUCGCUGGUGAAACAGAGUUACUGCACCGGGGACGCUGGCAUUAAAACAGCCAGCACCAUCUGCACACCGUUUGAGGAGGGGCUGGAAGAGGAGGAGGAGGAGGAGCCUAAGUCUUUAAUGGAGAUGCACCGAGAGAAGAUGGAGAAAAAGAAGAAGAAGAAGAACAAGAAGAACAAAAAGAAGAGCAAACACGGGAAGCGCGACUCGGACAGCAGCGAGGAGGAGGAGGAGGAGGACGAGGAGACCAAGAAGAGGAAGCUGAAGAAGGCUCUGUGUGCUGAGGAGGCCCGGCUGCAGCAGGUGGCUGAGCUGAUGCUGCUGGACGAGAGGAAGAGGCCGUACAGCAGCCUGCAGGAGGUGAAGGAGCCCACGGAGGAGGAGAUGGAGGCCUUCCGCAUGAAGCGCUAUCGACCCGACGACCCCAUGGCCUCCUUCCUGAGCCAGCAGUGACCCCCCCCCCCUCCCAGCUCCUCAAACCUGGGGAGGGACGUUUAUUAUCUGUGAGGAGCUGCCAGAGACGGACGACUCUAUUCUCUAUUCUCUUCGGGGGGGGGUUUUUUGUUUGUUUUUUGUUUUUUUACGUUUUUUAUUUUUAUUGCCGUUUGUUUCUUGUGUGGUUAUUUUAUUGUCAAAUAUGUCUGUCGCAUUGUAGACAAUAGCAAUUAGUCUCUUGCCUCUCUGUGCGCGCACUCUUAAAUUUGACCCAGUCUGUAAAUAAAUAAAUACAUUUCUGAGAUAGCCAGUACGCUGUGACAAGUUUCCUUUCUCAUCACUUACUCUUUGUGCAACAUGAGCUGGUAGAUUAAAAUAUUUUCUUUAAAACUGG